AUGAAUUUUGUUUUACAGCAGUCAUCGAUGACUGUCAGCUCACCUAAUACGGCAAGCCGGCUGACUGCUGCUGCUGAUGAGCCGUCGAGCAGUCGCGGGCGUAAGCGCAAAACACCAUUGUCAUUACUGAAGAAGAAGAAGGAAGAGACUUCGGAAGAUGAGAAAAGUAGAAUGGAAAUUGACGAGGCGUUCUCUGACCUGGAUUGUGAUUCGUCACUGCUUGACGAAUCACUGUUAUGCUUGGGAAGUGACGAUGAGUUCGAGGAUGAGCGACUGUUAGAUGAGGCGUUUUUGAAAAAAUGUGGUCGAAGAGUCAUGGAAGUGUAUUUCAACGUGAUAAAGGAUUAUGAUGAAAGGAUACGAAAAGAGGAAGCACCCAACUUUAUUAGAAUCGUCAAAAAGCUUCCACUUCGUCGUUAUCACACCUACGAUGACUCAACCCCUACUAGGCUCAAUCUUGAACCGGAUGACUUAAGCGAAUUUAUCACACAUUUCAAGAUUACCGACUGUCGCAAUAUGAAUGCACAGCGAUGUGGUGUUCGUUUUCUACCAGCACUCGAACUUCGACCAAGAACGGCGUAUUGGGUGCACACAGAGUGCAAUAUUAGGGCGGAUGAGGAACACAGACUUUCACAUAUUCCUUUCGUUAGCGAAGACCAUGAUGACAAGCAGCAAUUUUGUGCCGAGCUAAGAAAGUUAUAUGACGAGGGUAUCCAUGGAGCAGAUAGAGGGUGUGACAAGUAUAUCAAUGACUACAUUAUGUUCUAUAUGCUAGAGAUUUUAAAGCAAGACUGGGAGGACCGACCAAACUCAGAGAGAAUAAUGGACCAUAUAUACUAUGCUAUUUUCAAGCUGUUCCCGAAUAAGCUUUCUCAUCGGCAACUCGUUACAGCGAGAGGUGACCUUCGAAAGAGAGGUCCAUACGACGACGAAGUGAAACCGUUCAAGCGUCGCCAAGGAGAAAGGGCUCCUAGACCAAAGCCGUGUGGACCACAUUGUCAUCUCAAUGAUGCACAUAAUGGCAAGCAGGCAAGCGAUUUCACCGUGUCGAAUGGAAUAUCUGAUAAGAAACAAGCAUCAUCCUGCCGAAGCCCGUCAUCCCCUCGCAAUCGAAAUCGCCAGACAAAUGGUUCAAGUGAUGGCGCAUCAUCCAAUGUUUUGAAUGGGCACAUUUCAAAUGGAAAGGUUCCUCCGUUCGCUAACCCAACGUUGAUGAACAUCCUCGUAGCGUUGUUGGCCGGCGAACAGACGUCCACAUGUUUGAUAACAGCUCAAAUGAAUAUGAUAUGCGAAGAUAUUGGGGUACCACCGCGAACAUGCAGCGAGAUUCAUCGUUUAGCUUCUCAGCUAGCUCAAGCGAAUCCCAGCCUCACACCUGAACACAAGAAAGUUUCCGUCAAAGAUAAGCAUAGAUCAUUCCGAUCAUUCACUUGGGCCGAUGGAAAAGGACAGGUCGAGAACAAGGAGCGCAUGGUUCCAUGUUCCCAUCCUGGUCACUGUGAUGGGAACUCUCAGUGUGUUUGUUCGUCGGCUAGCGGAAUCUGCAGCAAAUUCUGUGGGUGCCCUCCGGAUUGCCGAAUGCGGUUCCCUGGAUGUCGAUGUGCACCAGGCAAUUGUCGAACCAAGCAAUGCCAGUGUUACUUUGCGAGGUGGGAAUGCGAUCCAGAUCUGUGCAAAUCGUGCAAAUGCGAUGAUUUAUCUAUGGAUGGCGAGAAAUGCCGAAAUGUUCCUCUUCAGCGUGGCCACCAGAAACUUCUCAAAGUUGGCAUAUCAGGAAUCGCUGGGUGGGGUUGCUUUAUACAAGAAACUGCUGAUAAGGGCGAUCUGAUUGCGGAGUAUACUGGUGAAGUAAUCUCGAAAUGGGAAUCUGAACGACGUGGUCUGAUUUAUGACAAAUUCUGUACCAGUUACAUUUUCGGCAUGAAUAACGACCAGUUCAUCGAUGCCACUCGAGUAGGCAAUCUUAUCCGUUUUGCUAACCAUUCUAACAACAACGCUAAUUGCUCGUCUGAGAUUAAAAUUGUAAAUGGUGAACACCGAAUCGGCGUGUACGCUAGUCGCCAUAUAUUGUUCGGUGAAGAAUUGUUGUUCGACUAUAAUUACGGCCAAACAUGGAACAAAUUCGUACCCAUCGAAAAAAGUAUAAAGGCGCAAGCGAAUCGAAGCACUCCUGACAGUGAUAGUAGUCGAACUUAG